CGCAUGCUGGGGACGCGUUGGCCGCGCGCACCGCACCGCACCGUACUUCCCCAAUGCUUAGCUGGCAGCACUUCCCACCGUCACUCUUCACUCACUCAUCUCACCUUAUCGCACUUUGUCUGCUUGUUUUUAAUUCACAGAGAGCACCAGAAGGAGCUUGUGUAUAUAAUCUCUUGUUCGCUUUACGAAAAAGAGUUUUUUCCUAGCAUCUUUCUUUCCAUUAUCCAUUUUCUUUUCCCCACUUCCUUGCGCACGCGCAACGAGCUAUCCAGCCAAAGCAUUAUUUGCAUCCUUCAUCUUUCUCAUUCUACCACUCUAUUCGACGCUCAAUUUUUCGUAGCAUACCUUCUACUACCCCUAAGAUGGGUGAAUAUCGUAUCGAGGUAUCCCCCAACAACCGCGCCACUUGCAAGGACACUGAGUGCAAGAAGAACGGCGACAAAGUCACCAAGGGCACUCUGCGUUUUGGUAGCUGGGUCAUCAUCAAUGAACAUGGAAGUUGGUCAUGGAAACAUUGGGGCUGUGUCUCUGGUCAACAGCUAGAGAAUGUCCGUGAACUAUGCCAGCAACCUGAUGGGUCCUUCGAUUGUGACCUCAUCGAUGGGUACGAUGAGCUUGGCGAACACCCUGAGAUUCAGGAGAAGGUCCGCCGCUGCGUCAAUCAGGGCUUCAUUGACCCUGAGGAUUUCAAAGGGGACCCCGAGAAGAACAAGCUUGGUGAGAAGGGCAUUCAUUUGACUGCAACACAGAAGAAGAAGAAGGCUGCCGCGGAGACUGCGGCCGCAGAGGAUGAAGAGAAGCCCAAGGCCAAGGGCAAGCGUGGACGCAAGAAGGCUGCCGACGAGGAGGACGAGGACGAGCCGCAGCCCAAGAAGGCUCGAACAUCCAAGGCUUCUAAGGCGGAUGAGGAGGAGAAGCCUGGUGCUAAGCCGGCCCGUGGCCGCAAAGCCGCAAAAGUCAAGGAUGAGAGUGAGGAUGAGACUGCUGCCUCUGCUCCUGCUCCUGCCAAGAGAGGACGCAGGGCUUCAGCUCAAAAGGUCAAGGAUGAAUCCGAUGCUGAGGAGAAGCCUGUUCCUGCCAAGAGAGGACGCAGAGCUUCAGCUCAGAAGGUCAAGGAUGAAUCCGAUGCUGAGGAGAAGCCUGUUCCUGCCAAGAGAGGACGCAGAGCUUCAGCUCAGGAGGUCAAGGACGAAAGCGAUGAUGAAGUUUCCGCUCCUGCUCCUGCUCCUGCUCCUGCCAAGCGAGGUCGCAAGGCAGCUGUUCCGAAGGUCGAGGAGGAUGAAGAAAAGCCUGCUCCCGCCAAACGAGGACGAAAGGCUGCUACCAAGAAGGCGGCUACCCCUGAGGAAGAUGUCGCUGUUGAGGAAGAGGAACAAGAGAAGCCUGCGCCAAGGACCAGAGCUCGCCGCGGCCGUCCCAGCAAAACUUGAUUGAGGGUUUUAUUUCCGACACCGGGUACGGCAAGUGCCUAUAUUGUGUAGAUCGCAGGAAAGGUUGUGAUAGUUUCAUUUGUUGUCAUUGUUGAGAUCUUAGGGUCGGGUCACUGAAGCAUGGGUUACACGUUGUUUGAGAACUCUUUGUGAUUACUAUGACUGAUGGGUAAGGGUAAUUUCGUGGAGGUGGACGGUUUAGCAAUGCAUACAUGAUACUCAGGGCAAGCAAUAAUUGAGUCGUUUGGGGUCUGUGACGUGUGCGGCUCUGACAAGAUGUGGUCCCAUCACCUAGGCAGAGUCUCUUGAGCCAAUCAUGGAUUCUGGAACUCAAUAGAAUUGGUGGCAGAAGUCAGCAGAUAUGUAUAAGGUACCGGUAGUGUAUUUAGUAGAUUCAGCUCCACCAAGUUCAUAUUCACA